AUGGGAAAUCUCAAGUCCAUCAUCUAUCUUGCUGCACUUUCGACAGUACAUGCCACCGUUACCCCCGGCAGUCUCAUCACCAUAUCAACUGCUGUAGAUGCCAACAGUCAAGCAGCGUGGUGGAAUCCCUUGGACGAAUAUGGCGGCUACGACUGGCUGGUCUACUUACGAAACCCUCCCGGUGGAAGCACAGCCAACAACAACGUGAUGGUAGCGCGUCGCUCCAUUUCCGAUGGCACCAUCUCUCGAGACUGUGUCAAGACAUCAGCAGGUGAAUGUGCUGUUUUCGCGGAUGAUCUUGGAAACAACACUCCAAGUAUCAGUGUAGACGGCAAUGGUUAUGUCCAUGUCUUUACCAGCAUGCACAAUGAACCGUGGCAGUACUUCCGAUCCGACACACCAUAUAGCAGUACUUUGGUCGAUGCUAACUCCGAAAUGCCAGAUCAAACGACCAAGUUCACAUAUCCUGUCGUUAAACGUGACGCCGAUGGUAAUCUAUGGUUGAUCAUUCGUGGACAAGCACCCAACGACAAUAACGCAAAAGGGGGUUACUUUUACAAGUACUCGACCAACGCUGGAUCAUGGUCUUGUGUUGCUAUAUGGGCAUACAACAAAGGAUACUCAGUAUACCCAGACGAUAUCGCUUUCUCGUCAGAUGGUGACGUUCAUCUUCAGUGGGAAUGGAGCAAGUAUCCUGCAUCUGCUGUACGUCAUCAAGGAAGCUACGCACGAUACAACCCAUCGACAAACACCUUCACAUCAGCUUCAGGAGCCACGCUUUCGGUUCCCAUCACACAGAAUAGCGCUAAUGUUGUUUAUCAGCCUUUGACGUCGGGCGAGACGUACAGUGGCGAUAUCAAUGCUUCACCAGGCCCUGCCUUCCAAAGUGCGAAGAUGGCCCUAUACGAGAAGGAUGGAUCUCUUCAUAUACAACAUGCAUAUCGCUUCAAGACAUCCAACACAGGUCCCUGGCAAGUUCGUCGUGCCAUUGGUACAUAUGGAACGCAGGAUCCUUGGAAGCGAGAGAUACUCUAUCAGGAUACUGAGACAAGUGCUACAGUUGGAAUCACGCAUGAUGGAACGAGUGUGCGUAUCUACUACUGUCGCUCCUCAGCCAGUGCAUACGUUCUGGAGAAUGUUGAGGGCGCUGGUUGGACCAAUACAGCUCUUGAGCCUGUGAUUGGUAAGAAAGUGCAACGUCUACAAGCAUUGAUGAGGAGUGACGGAAUUGACGUCUUGUAUUUGGGAUCCCCUACAAAUGUCAACUCUACAACUGGGAGCCUAUACCUUAUGAUUGUCGGGGGACGAGAUUGA